AUGAAUGAAUUGCUCGCCGAAAUGGCCGCUGUUUCACGGCGAAAACAAUCGAAGCCGCGAAGAAUGUCCGGAGGUAGGUUCGAACUUGGGGGUGUUUGGUUGAGGGGCAGGACUGUAACCGACUGAGCUAUGAGAUCAUGAAUAGGUGAAGCUUAUAAUAGCUUAGAGCGCAUUUGCACUUUCAUAAAUAGAAAAAAUUAAUAUUGUUAUCAGUGGAGCGCACUUGCUCUUUCUGACAAUUUUUCCUAUCAGUAGAGCACAUUUGCAUUUUCCAAAAAUUCGAAAAAAAAUCACGAGAUCUUCUUUAUCAGUAGAGCGCACUUGCACUUUCACCGCUGAAAAUUUAUUUUUCAAAAAAUACCCCUGUUGAGCUGGGUUCGAACUUGUGACCUUUUGAUUACCAAACGCGUGUCUAACCUGCUGAGCCAAGUGUUUAUCCGUGGAGCGCACUUGCACUUAUAGUUUUUGAGCGGUUAAAUUUCUCAUUUCAAAAAAUUCCUUCUAAAAGUUAGUCAUAUCGCAACUUCCUGUCCAUCAAAUAAAUCACAAAUUAAUGACCAGUUGUGUAUGUGUCGGUGUGCAUAAAAAGAGAGAAGAAGAAGAAUGAAAAGACAAAAAGCGAUAAUAAAAAACUUUUGUUUCUUCUUACCCCCUAUGGUUAAAAUCGUGGCGAAUAGCGUGUUAAUUAGCGAGACGCAGACAUGCGACCUUGGCGCGAAACAUUAAAAAAUGAUGAAAAACUACACUGAAAGGAGGCGAUUUUUGAGGAGGAGAGAUGAAAAAUUGUUUUUUUUUCGAAAUCAAAAAUAUUCUUUUUGUUGAAAAGUGCAGGGGUUUUUUUUUAUUUUUACAUUGGAAAAAUAAUAAAAAAAAUAAAAAGGCUAGGCGCGCGGCUGGAUCGAACCCUUGACCGUCUGCACCAAAAGCAAGAGCUGUACCUCUACACCACGUGACACCUUCAGGGCCCCGUUUUUCUAACUCUCUCACGUCCCCACGCUUUCAGCAUUUUCGAAAAAUUUAAUAACUACCGUAAUCCUCUCUCCUCCCUUUUCAAAUUAUGAUUGAACGCGAGAAAAACAUAUAUAUCGCGGCUCCGCCCAUUUUGUCACAUUUUCAACCAAUCAUAAGCGACCGCGAGAGAAAAAUAUAUAUAUUUUAUAAAAGCGAGAGAGUAAGAGAUAACAUAUAGAGAGAUAGAGAGAGAGAGAGAGAGAAAUAGUGUGUGAGAGGAAGAGGCGGAAGGAAGGCGGAAGGAAGGAUGUGCAUGCGCGACGAGUUAUGCGAAAUGCAGCUUGACUGACAAAAAUCAACAAUUUUUCGAGGAAUUUUUGCCUUUUUUUCUGUGGACAUGCAUAAAAGAGGGACUGAAAAUAAAUAUGGAGAUGGGAUUACGGUGGUUUUUUAUGAAUUUUUGAAGAGAGAUUGAUGAAAAUUAAAUUUUUCACGAGUUUUCUUGAGUAGUUUUUGUUGCUGAUUUUAAAACGAUAUCAGUUUUGAAGAAAAACCCAGAAAAAUCAAAGAAAUUUUGAAACAGUGAAUUUUUAUGAGAAAUGCAAAUUUUAAAUUUUCACGUGGAAAUGACGUGGGAUUAAUGAGGAAAAAUUAAAUCUACAAUAAUUUUUUUUAUCUGUAUCAACCAAGCAAAUCAGCUUCAAAUUAAAGUUCAGAAAAAUUCAAUUAUUUGUUGAAACAGUGAAUUUUUUAAUUUAACACUUUUUGGUUUAAAAAUUUAAAAAUUAUUUAAAUUUUUUCUUGAAUAGCUUUUCAGUUUUGAAUAAAUUUCAAAAAAAUUAAAGAAAUGUUUGAAACAGUCAAUUUUUUUCGACAAAAUAUGUACAUUUCUACUUUACUACGUGGAAAUGACGUGGAAUCUCAAAGGAUAAAAAUCCCGAAUUUUUCAAAUAAUUUUUUCUAUAGCAAUUUUUGGUCCUGAGUGACACUUCAAUAUAACAGUUUUGAAGAAAAAUCUAAAAUGUUCAAAAUAUUUUUGAAACAGUGAAUUUUUUGAUAACUUAAAAUUUUGCAAACUGUCUAUCAAAGUUACAAAACUACCCCAAAAAUUCAAAUAUUUUUUGAAACAGUGAAUUUUUCAUCAGGAAAAUUUUCAUCAGGAAAAAUUUUUACCAAUCAAAUUUUCAAAAAACGUUCCAAAACUUAUAAAAAAUCUUAAACAGUGAAUUUUUUUGAAAAAUAAAAAUGUUUUUUUGGCCUAUCAAGUUUAAAAAAAAUUCCAAAAAAUGGAAUACUCCAAAGUACAGUCUAGUUCUCUCUCUUCAAAAAUCCAAAAAAAUGUUUCAUUUUGAAUUUUUUGCCUUGUUGUUCCAACACCAUCAUCAUUUUCAAUUUGUGCUCUCAACACACACUUCUUCUUUUCCUUCUCAUUUUUGAUUGUUACACAACACAACAAAACACUAUAAUAAAUGAGAUGAGUGAAUGAAUGAAUCGCGAGAUGGAUUUCUAGAUUCCCCCCAUCAUCUAAUCCAAACAACAAUUUUGAGCAAUAAAUUAUAUGACAAAACGCUGUGUCGCGAUUUUUUUGAGUGUGUGUGUGUGUUGGAAAAUAGGAAAAAGAUAUAAAGAUAAUUAAUUUGUUUUAUUAUUUAUUUUAUUAUCAUCUGGCUGCCGAGGAUAUAAUUGUAACAUUUUUAUUUUUAUCUAAUUGUUGUUGACAAGAAACGGGGAACUAAAUAUGUGAGGAAUGGGGGUACUGUAGAUCGCUCCGGGACCCAAGAAAUGUGCAAUUUUUUUCUGGGAGCAAUAAAAUGCCACGUGGAUUUACCCUUGAUUAAGAAGAACAAUAAUAAGCACUGAAUUGUUUUCCUCUAAAAAAUUAUGAAAAUUUUGAAACAGUUAAUUUUUCCUAGAAUUAUCAGAGUUUGAUUUCAAAAAUAAUUAUAUUUUUUUUGAAACAGUGAAAAAAUUUUGUAGCUACGAAAAUUCAGGUGGAGUUUUUCCUCAGACGACAAGCUAAAGGGCCGAGUUAAACUUCCACAAAAAUUUUAGAAAUUUUGAAACAGUUAAUUUUUCCUGAAAACGACAAGAACUCGUCUAACGAAGCUGAGCUUGAUUUUAAAAAUUCUAAAUUUUUUUGAAACAGUGAAAUAUUUUGCAAGUUUUCGUCAACAUGAUGAAAAUAUAAUUUUAAAAUAUCUGGAAUUUUGAAACAGUAAAAAUUUGAAUCAUUGAUUUUUCAGAGCUCCGAUUUGAGAAAAUUUUAUAUUAUUUCGAAGACGACUUUCUAUUAAAUUUCUAUUUUUCAUUUUUUGAAUAAGAAUUUUUUGAAACAGUGAAAUAUCUCAAAAAUCUAAAAGUGCACAAGAAUUUCUAGGAGCACAAAAUUAUGAAAUAAAAAUAUCCAAGUGGCUUUGAAAAUUGCAUUUAUAUUUUUAAAAAAUCCACGUGGAUUUUCUACUAGAAUCAAAAUUAUUCGUACUCCUUACUGUCAUUAGUAGAUUUCAACUCUAGAACAAAUUCAUACAUUUUUGAAACAGUGAUUUUUCUCAAACCCCAAAAAUUUUUCAAACAAGUUUCUUUAUUUUUGGAAUUUCUCUUCUCCCUUUAAUAACUACAGUACUCUCAUCAAGUUCAUUCUUCUUUUCCAAUUUCCAAAUUAAAAAAAAUAAUUUUUUUUUUUCAUUUUCAUUUAUUUCAUGUUGGUUGUAAUAUUUAAUCAAAUCAAAACCCAAUAGAGCGUACUUAACCUUUUUGAUAAUUUCGGCCAAUUUUUCUCUUUCUCUCGUUUUUAUUACAGUACUUUUUACCUUGUGCCUGCGUCUCUUAAUCUCUCUUGCCCCAUUAAAAAAUUGUCUAUUUUUGCUUUGCGAUUCAAAACAAUAAAGAAGAAGAUGAAAAAAGUUAACGAGCCUCACUUUUGUUGCGAUUUUUAUGACCCUUGUGUGUAACAAAAAAUAUAUAUCUUUAGAUAUUUAUUUUUAUUUAUAAAAAAAUUUUGUUGAUAGAUAAAUAUACUGUAUUUGAAGAAAUAGAUGAAAAUGCAAAUAAAAUGGUCGUAAAAUACGCAAAAUUUAUUCCAUUUUUUGGAUAAAAAACCAGAUGAAAUACGUUUCAUUUACAUGAUAAAUAAGAAAAAUGAGAAAAAUAAUAAAGAGGAAAUUUUUGAUUUGGAAACAAAUUGGGGAAUGAAAUUUUUUUUUGAAAAAAAAAAAUUUGCAGAAGGCGAUGCGAUGAUGUCACCAAUCGAUUUGUCCACCAAAAAUUUGCUGUUUGAUAGCGAAACGAAGGCAGCGAUUCCAUUGGAAGAUCGAUCCAAUUUUUUUCCGAAUUUGCCAUUCACAAAUCCUCAACAUUUUUUGAGUUUAUGCGCACAAUUGGGAAGCCGAAAUGUUUCGUCGUCAGCGAGUUCGACAUCUUCGUGUCCAAUUCAAUCGUGUUCACAGGUUGGAGUUUGAAAGGGGGAGGCAUUUGGGAAAAUUAAUUUGAAGUUGGAGAUUCUGAAGAAUUCUAAAAAUUGAUCUCAUUUUUUGGAGUUUCAGAAAAAUAUGGCUCUAGAUCUUUGAGAUUUUUUCAAGAUUCAGAGAAAAUAUUUCAGCAAUUUUGAAUCUUUGAAUCUUUUUCAUCUUGAAAUUUGAGAUCUAAAAAUCUGGAUUUUUUUUUUGAGUUUUAGAGGUUCUGAGCAGAACCUUUUGAAAUGUAUCUAGAAAUUUCUAAAGUUUGAAAUUUCGCGUUCUAUUUUUGGCUUUCUCUGGGCUACUGUAGUUAAAUAUGCGUGGAUUUUUUUAGCUUUGAAUUUCAGAGCUCAGAAAAUCAAUAUUCUGUAGAUUCUCUAGUUCAACCUUCAGGUAGUUUAAAGCUCUGAAAUCUGAAGCUCUGUUUUUCGAUCUAAAAACUUUCAAGUUCAAAAAAGUUCCAUCCCCAGCUUAUCUCAAAAUCUCCUCGCUUCACUUUCCUCAUAAAUUUCCUCGAGUUCAUCAACAUGAAACAAAUUACCCUUUUGUGUCUUACUGUACUUGUUAGAUGUGUACCUUUUUGUGCCAAUCCCAUCUCUCUCUCAUUCUUCCACCCUUUUUUCCUCACACAUUUAUUCAUUUUUAUUUCACAUUUAAUGCUAUUAUUUUUAUGUCGAAGGUUGUUUCUUUCAUUGUGUGUGUGUGUGUUACGAAAAAGGAAAGAAAAAAACGAGAUUGUUGCGACAAAAACCAAUAAAAAUGAAAUUACUGUAUUUUUGUUGUCAAAUGAAAUGAAAUGUCGCGUUUCUUUCGACCUAUGUAUGUAUAUGUGUAUUGAAAUAAAAAAUGGUUUUUAAUAGGUUACAUGGGGAUGUGAAGGAAGUUGAGAAUCGGGAGAAAGACAACUAAAAAUCAUAGAAUUUUGCAGAGCUUCGGAUCGUCGGCCGCGCUCACUUGGCACAUUUUGGAGGCGCAUGAGGAUGAGCAAGAGGUUUUCUCGUGUGAUUCGUGUGGAGUUAUGUUCUCCAAUGGGCAGGAGGUAAGAAAAAAGGCUUGUGGGACCUUUUUCCCUAAACACUUUCUAAACAAGGACUUCAAAAUCUAUUGAUCUAUGGAUAUCCCAGAUACAAGAAUUUUUUUAACCCACAGGGUCAUUUUGAAUCCCUAGAUAUAUUAUCAGUCUCUGCCAGUUCAGAAAUCUCGAGUUGAGUGAGCUCUCAAAUCCCCACAUACAAGGAUAGUUCUCACCCCAACACCUAUGGGACUUCUAUCUUGAAAAAAAUCCCCCUCCCAAGACCCCCUUCCUUCUAUAACUCAUUCAAACCUAUUUCCCUUCCAGAUUCGUGAGCACCGAUGUGCUACUCACAAACAGUCCGCCCGAUGUUCAUCAGUCCCCCCAACUUCGCACUCUUCACAAUCCUGUUUCCUAUCAGUGCCAGCUACCCCAGCUCCGCAAUUCUCGAUAAAUGAACAAACAUCAACAAGUUCGAUUCAAAAAUUCGACGAGGAAGACAUCGAUGAAGAGGACGAUGACAGUUUUGAAAAAUCGAGAAUGCCAUUUUUCGGCCUCCCCAAUCAAUUCGGCAUGUUCCCACCGAACAUGCCACCGCCACAUUUUCUUCUAAGACCACCUAUGCAAUUUGGAGAUAAUCGGGAUAUAUUUGGGGCUCGUCAUUCCGCUCAUCAAGGUAGCCAACAACAACAACAACAAUCACAACAUGAAAAUGACGAUGAUUGGGAGGCGUUGAUGGAAAUAUCGACAAGUGAUGAGAGUGAGAAGAUCAGAGCGUUGGUUGGCGAUAAAGCGAUACCGACUACUGAUCCAAAUCAAUGUAUUUUGUGUCGACGAGUUCUUUCGUGUAAAUCUGCACUUCAAAUGCAUUAUCGAACACAUACUGGGGAAAGACCUUUUAAGUGUAAGAUUUGUCAACGAGCAUUCACAACCAAAGGAAAUUUGAAGACACAUAUGGGAGUGCAUCGGACAAAACACUCGUUUAGAAAUCUUCCAAUGUCUAUUGCACCGCAAUUGGCUGCGGCAGCCGCAGCUGCUGCACAUCAACACCAACAACCACCUCAACUCCAAGUGCAGCAAUCUCAACAAUGCCCGAUUUGCCCGAAACGUCUUAUGAAUACCGCCGAACUCGCUGCGCAUAUCGCAGAACAUCGCAAUUCGCUGACACAACCGCCUAGAAUAACCCCGCCACUUGCGCCAAAUCGAACACCGAUCUUCCCGUUUCCCCCAUUCUUCACACCUCCCUCAUUGAAUGCCACUGAUAUCUCGACACAAUUCAAUUUAGCGAAUAUUUUGUCGAAUAUGAAUAAUAAGGAUAUCUCGCCGAUUUCGACUAAAGAGAUCAAAACUGAGGAGAUUAUUAGAGAGCAAGAAGAGGAGGAGAGGCAAGAGAAGAAGCAUGAGGAUAGACCAAAAAUGGCAUCGCUUUCGCCGACGAAUAGCAGUGAAAGUUCGUCAAGUGUCAGACAAGAGCUGUAAGUUUCUGUUUUUCUCUCGAAACCCAAACCAACCCAACCCUUGUUACAGAAUGGAUUGCAAUGAGAUCGAUGAAAAGCCAUUGCUGAAAGAAGAAGUCACCGAACCACAAACCGAAUGCAAUCCGGUGAAAAUCGAGAAUCCGCUUUUGGCAAUGCAGAAAAUGUGGGCCGAAACCGAGCCGCCACCGCCACGUCAGAUGCCAGUUUUGUCGAAACAUCAAUGCGGCGUGUGUUUUAAGCAUUUUUCGUCGAGUUCAGCGUUGCAGAUUCAUAUGAGAACGCAUACUGGUGAGUGUGAAAGCGGGAAGACUGAAGUGUACAAAAACAAUGUACGAAAUUUGAAAGAUCCGGGAGUAAAGUGUCCAAUAAGAUAUUAAGGGUAGGACUUAAGGGAUUAAGGUUGUGUUAAGAGUGGGUCAGGUUAAGGGUGGUGUCUACCCCGAAAAAAAUUCGAAGUAGUAAAAACAUUUGAAAAAUGCUUGUUUUUGUAGGCGACAAGCCGUUCAAAUGCGACAUGUGUGGUCGAGCGUUCACAACUCGUGGAAACCUCAAAGUCCACAUGGGAACUCACGCGUGGCAACAAAGCCCAUCGCGAAGAGGCCGGCGAAUCUUCGACGUCUCCCCGGGCUCUGAAAAACCCGUCACCCCAGCCAUGCCAAACCCUAUGGCAGCUGCAGCAGCAGCCGCCGCAGCCGCAGCAGUCGCUGCACAAAAUGUUCCGCUGGCUAUGUUGGGACAACCAAUGCCUAUGGAAAUGAUGAUGAUGCUUUGGCGAACAGUUUGCUCGGUGUGCAAUAAAGUUUGCGCAAAUCCGAAUGAAUUGGAGAAUCAUCUCAAGGAGCAUCUAUCAUCAUCAAAUUCGAAUACCGAAACACCAACUCUAACCACUCCACCACCAUCAUAG